AUGGCGAGCGAGAUCAAAGAGGAGCUGGCCCGAGCCGGACCAACGCUCCUGCUUUACCGCGAAGAUGACGUCCCCGAAGGCAACCUUAAGCCCAAGUACAUCGCCAUGGGCACGCCUCGCGACAACUGGCUGUUCCAAGACGAGCGCUUCACACGACACGUCAAGUCCGUGAGUUUUGAGACCGAUGUAUACCAUGCGCUACGCUCCGGAGAGCACUAUGACCUCAUGCACCUUCUAUUGGACGAAGACGCGGCGAUUCGUGCAUUCGCAUGGAACAGCAAACUGAUGACCAACGCAAUAUCUGUGAUGCUUGUGCUGAGGGAACGCUCUCAUCAGCCGCGCGUAUUGCCUCCUCAGGGGCCAAGUCGUCGGAGCACUCGACGCAACAAUGUAGAGAAGGUCAAGUACUCCUUUGUUGUUGUUCUUGACUACGUGAGUCAGGGCAUUCCGGUUCUUCUCGAUCUGUCCGGAUGGUGGAAAUCUACGGAACACUUCUCGGCCGUUGGCAUGUCGGGCGGGUGA